GCCUUCUUGGGCAUGCGUAACGAGAAGAAAAAAUUGACAAACAAUGAGCAAGAUUUUAUAGUUUAAAAAAGAUGAUUUGUAAGGAAUGGAUCUGCACUGCUUUGUUGAUAUGGCUGCAGUUCAUGGAUUAUCUUGCGGAUGCAGUAGAUUUUAAUCAAAAACCUCUGUAUUUGAAGUGGUGUUCCUCUUUACCAACUAUAGAACAUGGACGUGUUCAGAGAUUUCAUAAUAAACCAUCAAUAGCACAAGUUAUAUGUGACCAUGGUUACCAGCUUAUAGGGGAUAUGAAGCUUACUUGUAAUAAUUCAAAAUGGAGUCCAGUCAAGCUGCCAUAUUGUAAAGUAAUCGAUAGCCAACCUCACGCGGAUGCUGGUAAUGAUGUUGUGAUAUAUUUACCUAAAAAUUACGUUAUAUUAAAUGGUAAUGGUAGUUAUGAUGAUAAUGAUGAUACGAUCACUUAUCAUUGGUGGAAUAGCGAUCAUCUUACUCUUGAUUUAAGGGGUGAAAGAUCACAAUAUUUAGAGGUAUAUCAUCUGCGGGAAGGAGUAUAUACAUUUAAACUGAAGGUGAUAAAUUUAGUUGGACAACAAUCUACAGAUAGUGUAACAGUAACGGUUAAACAAAGUGUUACAACAACUGUUAAACAAGGAAGUACUGAUGAAUGUUUAGAGUAUCCAGACAUACCUCAUUCAACAGUCCGAUGGGAACCAUCUUUUAGAGCUGCAUUAGUAGAGUGUGAACCUGGAAAAUUUAUACAUGUUAAUGGGAUAGCCUUUCAUAGCAUAAGCAUCAAAUGUCAGAAUGGAGAAUGGAUGUCUGCUGAUGGAAUUAAAAAUUUACCAGAAUGUGUUAGAGAUACAGAUGCUGAUUGUGGUGAUCCUCCAUUAAUACUCCAUGGGAAAGGCACACUUACUGGUAGAACCCAGGUGAAGUACAAAUGUGAUGAGGGAUAUUAUACAGAAGAACCAUUUGCCAUUUUACUAUGUGAAGGAACCAGUUGGAUAGGAAACACACCUACAUGUAAACUUGAACUUGAAGACUAUAAGUGUCCAGCUCCUCCAUCAAUAGAUAAUGGUGAAAUAUAUUUACAGGAUAAUUCUUACAAUGUUGGAUCCAAAAUAACAUAUAAAUGUAAUACCAAUGCAUACCAGUUACUGGGGAAUCCAGUUAUGGAAUGUUUAGAUGACUAUACAUGGUCUAGGUACCAGCCUACAUGUAUCUUGUCUUCCAGCUUAAUUAAUAAAGAUUGGUUUUGUCCAGCAAUACCUCCUAUACCUAAUGGUAAAUGUUCCUGUAAUUCUAAAAAGGACAUCAAUUUCUGUGAGCCAUUCUAUCUUACAAUGAAAAUACAGUGUUCAUGCAAUGAAGGGUACAGACUUGUGGGACAAAGGACAUUAACAUGUACUGACAAAGGAUUAUGGAACUAUGAUCAACCUACGUGCGUUAAAGUUGAUGAUAUUUCCAUAGAUACUGCAGGACAUAACAGUGAAUCUAAUGGAUCUACAACAAGAAUGAAUACACUUGCAGUUGUCAUAGCAACAGCUUGUAGUGUCCUAGGCAUUCUCUUACUAGUCAUGGUUGUGAUGAUCAUACGGAGACGUAAGCCUCGUCCCCGUCAUUAUCACCAAGUUGGUGUCCCACCACCAUACACUAGAGUACACAGUAGCUCAUUUGAUGAGCUCGACAGAGUAGCAUUAAUUGGAUAUGAUGCUGCUAGAUUACCAACUUAUGAAGAGGCUGUGCGAAAUAAUACCUCUUCCUCUGUUCCUCAGAGGGGACAAGGGUUGUCUGAAGUUUCAGUUAAUGGUGAAUUCAGGCCAUUGCCAAACAUUCAAAAUGUUGUUCGAGGCAGUAAUGCUCAAAAUAGUGACAUUCAAUCUGUACACUCGAAUCGACAUUCUAUUACAACGAUGAGUACUGUAAACAGAGACGGUAUAUCUGAAGUGUUUGGUUCUAUUGAUACAGUCAAUUAUAGUAUGAGUGAUGCGUCUACCUCUGUCACAGUGGACACAUUUGACAGUUCAACAUCACGGCCAUCACAUGGGUCAGGUACAGCCACUGCUGGCAGUGUCAAUACCUCCCAAGAAAAUAUAGUCACUGAAGAAGCACCAUUAUUAGUUCCUGAGAUAGAUGAAUCUGAGGACAAAGGUGAAGAUAUGGAGAUAAAAGAUGAAGACAAGAAUUGAUCAUUGUUUAUAUAUAUAUUAGUUAAUGUUUUGUAUGUUCCAAUUUUGUAUCAUGUUCAACCCCAAGAUAUCAUCACAUAUUUCAUUAGAUUUUAAAACUAGAAGAUCUUUUUGAUAGAAAAAAGCUAAAACUUUUCAUCUGUCUGUUCACCUGUUGAGUGUUCAUCUGUCUGUUAUCAGGUUCAAGUUUAAUUUUAAGACAGUCUUCUCAUAAAAUUGUGGUCUUAUCAACUUGAAUCUAAUUACUGGUUCUUUUGUUCAUUAUAAUGUAAUAUUGUUUUAAUUUUUUUUUAAAUAUUUUUCAAAUAAUAACCCAUUUUCUACAAUUCAAUCAACAUGGAAAUUUUGGUAGUGAGCUGGGCAUGGUGUGCUAUAGACAUAUUCUGGGUUUUUUUUUUU